UCGAUCAGAAACGCUCAGACUAUCGACGUCUCAUGGUUCCGCUGUGGAAAUGGCCUCGUCUGGUCACCGAGCUAUAUAUGCCAAAUGAGCUGCUAUUUUCUGGAGUCCACCGAGAGGAGAUACCCGUCCGAGUCUCUAGCCGGGUGUGCUGGGGAGUUUGUUACGGUAAUUUGAGGAGUGACGAGGCAGGGUUAAAAAAAAAAAAAAAAACAAUGCCACAUUUUCUGUGGCCAGAGCCGCUUUCACCCGCACAACUGAAGCGGCUGGAGGAGCAUAAAUACAGCGCCUCUGGUCGCUCCCUGUUUGAGCCACCGUGCCAGAUCUACUGGAACUGGCUCGUCCAGCAAAUUCCGACAUGGAUCGCACCAAACACGCUGACUAUUGUAGGACUGCUGGUCAAUAUCCUCUCCACGGUGGUUCUUGUAUAUUAUUGUCCCACGGCAACAGAGGAGGCUCCAUCUUGGGCCUUCAUCCUCAGUGCCCUCGGCCUGUUCAUCUAUCAGUCUCUGGACGCUAUUGAUGGGAAACAGGCCCGGAGGACAAACAGCAGCUCAGCGCUCGGGGAGCUCUUUGACCAUGGCUGCGAUGCUGUAUCCACAGUGUUUGUUGCUGUUGGGACGUGCAUUUCAUGUGGAAUCGGAAGAUACCCGAACUGGAUGUUCUUCUGCGGUUUCAUCGGGAUGUUCAUGUUCUUCUGCGCCCACUGGCAGACCUAUGUGUCCGGGACUCUCCGCUUUGGCCUGGUUGACGUCACAGAGGUGCAGGUCGCCAUCGUCAUCAUGUAUUUGAUGUCUGCUUUUGGAGGCGUGGGCCUUUGGCAGUUCACGUUGCCUGUCAUUGGACUGCAGCUGUACAUCUUCCCCAUCAUGGGCAUCAUCGGGGGGGCCCUCUACUCCUGUUACAACUACUUCUAUGUCAUCUUGAAUGGAGGUGUUGGAAAAAACGGCUCCACUGUGGCCGACACCAGUGUGCUCAGUCCUGGUCUGCACAUCGGUCUCAUCCUCACCCUGGCCUUCAUCAUUUUCAAGAAGUCGUCCAGCCACCUGUUUGAGCACCACCCCUGUCUGUACCUGCUCACCUUUGGCAUGGUCAUCUCCAAGAUCUCCAACAAACUGGUGAUAGCACACAUGACCAAGAGUGAGCUGCACCUCCCAGAUACAGCCUUCAUCGGCCCUGGCCUCCUCUUCCUCAACCAGUACUUCAACAGCUUCAUAGACGAGCACAUAGUCCUCUGGAUCGCCAUGGUCUUCUCUCUUCUGGAUCUAACACGCUACUGUACGGGCGUGUGCAUCCAGAUCGCCUCCCACCUGCGCAUCCAAGUCUUCAGCAUCACGCCGCCGAGCCACGCCCACCGCGACUGACGGCUUGCCCGGCGGGAGGAGGCGGGGGGAGACGCAGAUCUCUCCCCGCUCCUGAAAGCAGACAAGGACCACGACAACGAGGAGAGAUCCUCGACCCUGAACCACUGCAGCCUUGACAAAGUGACCACUUCUGAUUAAAACUGCCGCUCCCAGCAGACGGAAAAAAAACAACUCAACACUACAAACCAAAAAAAGAGGAAAAAAAAAGAAAAGAAAAUGUUUGAAAAGCACGGAUAUAUUGAAUUUCAAAUUAGGUGGAACCAGAGUUUCCCUUGAAUUCAUUUUAAUUUAAACAUUACUGCAUGUUGUCAGAAAAUAAAGAAUUGAUUUUAAAGAAUUGAAUUUAAAAGGGCACUCUUUACACUUGCUUAUACAAGUUAUUAAAUACCAAAAUGUUUUUGUUUUCAGUGGGUAUAGCUUGGGCAAAUAUCAAAGCAUUUUUACCUGCUUUAAAUUUAAAGAUAUCUGUUCAGAUUAGAGUUGUCAUAUGUUUGUUUAACACAUGUGACAGUCAGAUCAGGUACAUCUCAUUGAUAUAUGCCCAAACUGAGUAGAGCACCUGCUGAAAUAUUUCUUAAUCUCUGUUUUUUAUUUAUUAAAUGGAAUGUGAGUCAAACUGGAAUGAAUUAGAGUUUGAAAAUAGGGAUUAAAAAUUUUAAAAUGACCUUUAAAAACCUCAAAUAAUUUCCAAUGAAGUUUGCAAUGUGGACUGGCAGCUUGUCAACAGGCUACGUGAAGGGGUAACAGUCUGUGUUAAUGCUGAAAACGAUGACUGGUUAUCUAUUGGGCCUCCCUCACAAACACCUCUCCAGUUUUUAAUAUUUUGUUCCCUGUCACUCAUCUCAUCCAAAACACCUGGAAAAUAGAAAACACCUCCGGCCUCUAGUGCCGUCAGCUGAUGAAGCAUUAACACUGAACUUGUUCUGCUUUCUCUGUUCUUCUCCCUGAAGGGCUAAUACUUAAUUAUUUGUGAUUGUACAGAUUUCAACUGAAGACGCCUUAAAUAUUUUUGUUGUAAUUACUGUUUAACUUGUGAAUAUUUAAGCAGCUUUGUAUGUUUUUUUUUCCACUGAAAUACCAUACCAUGCAAACAAUAGUAAUAAUACAAUUCUAUUGGAAGUUGUUUUUUUUUUUUACUCUUCACUCAUUAAGCUUCUUCACUUAUACAAAUGUAAAUUAUGUAUAGGUGAGUGAUUUUGUUCUCAAAGGUUUGUUUGGUUAUCAGUAAUUUUGUAAUGAUUGAAUAUCACUGAACAGAUAGACUCAUUAUUCAGGUUCUUUGGGAUCAAAGGGAUAUUUCUAUAGUGCCGGUAAACAAUUUAAAGGUAAAAAAUAAAUAAGGUAUUCUUGAUUUUAUGCGGAAAAAUAAAAUGAUCUUCCUCUCGUAAUCUGCUUCUGCAGAAUUAUGGACGUUAUAGAGGGGCAUGUCCUAAAAAAGGUGAUUUUGCAUAAGUUACGAUGGACUUUGGAACUAUGCAUUGAAAUGUACAGCCUUGAUUUUCACACCAUGUUGCACUGUUCAAUAAAAUAACAGUAAAACACCUUUCUACUAACAGA